GCUGUCCGCGGUGCUGACGAGAGAGAGACUCCGCGCUCGUGCGCACGGUGCUGCACAGCCAUAAACACACCGAGAGCGCGAGAGCAAUGCGCAACGCACUCACGACUCCCCGUUAAAACAGACCGAAAGCAAAGGUAAAACAUGUCGUCAUCAUCUAGAUGCUGUGCAACAGGGGUGUUCAUCCUCCCCUCGCUCCUUCUUCUACCCCUUUUCCUUUCUCUCGUUUGUGGAGUUCAAGGGGCCACGCUAAGAGAGCAUCGCCUAAGCGAAAGUGAACCCGUCUCUUAUGGACCAGCGUCCCAGAUCCGUCCUCCUCCGAGUGCCGAGAUGCUCAGAGCUCUACGCUACAUUCAAAGCCUCAGCCAGAGAACCCCACCUGAUCACCUCGAUGACCAGCAAGACACUUCAGACGGCAUGGAGAGAGUUCGCUCCCUGCUACAACUGGCAGCUCCUGCCCGGUUGGAUAGAGGUAUGGAGGUGAGGGAGGAAGAGAAGGACAACACUCAAGAGUUGCUGCAAGCAGUGCUUACCACACUACAACAGACCGAGGAACACAUGGUGCCCCAGAAAACCUCCCAGAAGGUCAUCGCACCAUCUCAACCUCGAUACACUGUCCAACCGUUCCCAAGACCAAAGCAACAACUAGAAGUGGAAACUUCAGCUGAGAAUUACGGAAGGACCUCGUGGGCCAAUCCGGAUAGCCAGAGACGGCACCGGAAGUUCCCACUUGUGUUUGAGAACGAGGAGGAUCAGGAGCAGCCUCUCAAACGGACCAACGAGAAAGCAGAAGAACAGUACACACCCCAGAACCUGGCGACCCUUCAGUCUGUGUUUGAGGAGCUAAGUGCAAUCUCCACAUCUAAGGCCAACAGCAAACGGGAGGAUGGUGAAGAUGCUGAUGAUGCUGAUGAUAAUGACUUGUACAGGCAGAGGAAGAUGGUCUUGGAAGACAUCAUGGGAUCUGAUGAAUGGGCACCUUUGGAGGAACAAACAGAGACUGAAGAAGAAGAAAGAGAGAGGCAUGGGUUUAAUCGCAACCUUGAGGAUGAGCAAGAGGAAGAGGAGGAUGAAGAGGACGAUUAUGUCAAAAGAUCCAACCAACCCGACUGGUUCCAGACAGGAAAAGAGGAGGAGCCUGAGGACAUUGCAAAGCUUGUGGACUACUAUCUUCUGCAAAUCCUAGAAAAGAAAGAGCAGGAGCAGCAGAAAAGACGAGAGGCCAGCAAGAGUGAGCAAGAAAGCGACAGAGAGGUGCAGAAAAAAGAUGUGGAUGAAGAUGAUGGAGAGGAGGAUGACAUGGAGGAGAGGGAAAUUAGGCCAAUACACAGCACAUUCCCUGAGUCUUUGUCCAAGAUAAUCACAAUCUCACAGAAGCUGCGAAUCCCACCAGAGGAAGUUCUUGAGCUUCUCCAUAAUGAGAAGCAGAAGGAUUUAUUGGGAACCCCAAAGAAGUCAAUGAAGACCACUCACAAGACCUUCGCCGCAGCACCUCACCGACGGCCACUCGAGACAUCGGAGGGCAACAGCAUCACCCAGGGCAUCAUGAAUAUCCUCAAGCUGGUAAAUGCAGCACAACAAAACAACAACCGACCAACGCAACCGAAAACAUCGCGUUAUUAUGAGAGGAAAACUAGCAGGGAUGAUUAUGACGACACUGCCGGUGAGGAAGACGAACUUGUCAAUUACCUGGCAUUGGAAAUGUUUGGGCAUGGACAGAGACGUGCACGUCUGACGCCAUUACGUGACAAGGAUCAGCCCGUGUACGAACGCGGUGACUACUUCGAUAAAAGCGUGCCAGAAAAAAGACCUGCAAAUCACGAGAACGCAGUGACAGGAUUAGACAACAACACAAUACUGCAAAUCCUGCGGUAUCUGGAUCCGGAGAGCGACGAUGCCGACGAAACGGACUCUGAGGGGAAAACAGUCCCUGAAAUGUAGCCGUGUAGAUAAUGAUUAUAUUCAUUGUUUGAAGUUUGUCAUAUAAUAAAGUAUUUUGAAACAAAUAUAUCCCCUAAUUGCAUUUAGUCAAUGUAGUGCUCCAGCUUUUCUCAUUUCUUGUUCUGUAUAGCGAGAAAAAAAAAAAAAAGUAUUUUAGUAAACUCGACCAAUUUGUUUCUUAGUUAGCGAAUAUAACAAUGUAAAAAGUCACUGGCUUUACCUCUUUAACAUAUGAACACACACAGAUUUUCUCCCUCCUAACAACGCCAGUUAUGUUUUAAGUCAGUCAGUAUCUUGUGCGUGUGAUGAGGUCAUGUGUGACGUGGCAGAGGUAAAUAAAGCAUUUGUUCACACCACG